GUGUUGUCAUAGAAGUACACAAAAUGUUAUAAUUAUAAUACAUUACUUAUGCUUAAUCAAAAUGUUAUAAUGGAAUCGGAAUUAUCGGAGGAAGGUGCUUUACGCUCACAAUUUACAGUGGAUGAUUUGGAUAUUGAAAUAUUGCCACUUAUAUAUGAAAUAAUUCGGAGCGUUGAGAAAGAUCCACAUGACACUACACAGAAAGCUAAAGAGUCACAAGAUACAAGUCAUAAAAUAUUAGAGCUUCAGAAGAAAUUAGAUUCUGCAAGGGCACAGAUCAGAAGAUUGCCAGGAAUAGAAUACAGUAAAGAAGAACAGUUGCAAAAACUUGAAACUCUACGUAAACAACUUAGGCUUAAAAGAGAGCUUUUAUUGAAAUAUCGUAACAUGUGUACAUUUGAAGUUCCAAAAGUAUAAAUAAUUUUGUUUAUUUAAGUAAAAGCAAUUUAUAUCAGCAUGGGUUUCUUGCGCAUGUUAUUUACAUAUUUGAUGCGUAAUGAAAAAUUAAUCGAGAAAUUAGCAAAUUCAAAACCAAUUAGGGAGUCUGCACGAUUUGUAGCGUAUUUAAUACUUCGGAGUAGAACACAUGAUAAUCAUUUACCUUUUGAUCGUGAAAAAUUUGCCAAGCAAUUAAAACUGUUUACAAAUACAUUUAGACAAAAGUUGCAAGAAGGUAAAGAUGAAAUGAAGAAAAAUCCACCAAAGUAGUCCUUGUAUAUAUUUAAGGUAUAGUGACAACAAAAAUCAGAAUCAAAGAAAGUUUUAUUAGACUUUGUAAAAAUGAUAUAGCUAUAGUUUAUUAUUCUAGACUUGAUUUAGUUAGAAAAAAUUACACUUGUAACAAUGGCCGUAUAAAAAGGUAAUAAAAAAUAUGAACAUUUAA